CAUACAAAAACUCCUUGCUUGGUUGGCGAAACAAUGAAAAAAGCCACCUGCUGAAGGGAGACAGAUAUUCCGACUCUCUGAAUCUACUUGAUCAAACGCCAAAUGAGUAUGCAGUUUAAGUAUGUAGCAUGCUAGUAUGGGUACUCGGACAUGGCGACUGUCUGUGUCAUUGAUUACAUGAACCUAACCAAACAUAAUGAAACCUGUCUAACUGCUUCAAAAAGGAUAUAUUACUCAGCUUCUGAGAGGCUUGAACAGAAAUGUCUUCACCCUCCUGAGAGAGAACAGUACUAUGACUAUGUGUCAGGCCGACUCUUUGUCCACGGUGCAGAUCUAUUCAGACAGGCUCUGUUAAUCUGGACCUAGUCUUGCUUUCAGCGCUUUGUUCUGGACAGAAGGAGCAGCACUGACCCCUCACCCAGGCCUCUCCACUAGUCUUGGGUUCUGCAGCACUAAUGUGCUGAACGUGUGGUUUCAGGCCUCCCGGGUGUCAUUAAUGUCAUCUGAGCCGUGCGCUUCUCUGUACACACAGAAAACUGAGCCAUUGCUGGCUAGCUGAGUUGUGACUGCAGCACAUGAGAUAUAUUGAAUUUGACGACUAUAAAAUGAAAAAUGCGCAUUCUCGAGUGAUACGGGAUCAAUGGUGGGAAAAUGACGCAUUUUGUCAGCAUUUUCUACUAUAUAGUGCCUUCGGAAAGAAUUCAGAUCUCUUGACUUUUUCCACAUUUUUAUAUGUUACAGCCUUAUUCUAAAAUGGAUUUAAAAAAUAUAGAAAAUCCUCAGCAAUCUAUCCACAAUACCCCAUAAUGACAAAGCAAAAACAGGUUUUUAGACAUUUUUGCAAAUGUAUUAAAAAUAAAUAACAGAAAUACCUUAUUUACAUAAGUAUUCAGACCCUUUGCUUUGAGACUCAAAAUUGAGCCAUUGCGAGAUGUUGAGAUGUUUCUACAACUUGAUUAGAAUUCACCUAUCAUAAAUUCAAUUGAUUGGAAAUGAUUUGAAAAGGCACACAACUGUCUAUAUAAGGUCCCAAAAUUGACAGUGCAUGUCAGAGCAAAAACCAAGCCAUGAGGUUGAAGGAAUUGUCCAUAGAGCUCCGGGACACAGAUCUUGGAAUGGGUACCAAAAAAUGUCUGCAGCAUUGAGGGUCCCAAAAAGCACAGUGGCCUCCAUCAUUCUUAAAUUGAAGAAGUUUGGAACCACUAAGACUCUUCCUAGAGCUGGCCGCCCGGCAAACUUAGCAAUCAGGGGAGAAGGGCCUUGGUCAGGGUGGUGACCAAGAACCCGAUGGUCACUCUGACAGAGCUCUAUAGUUCCUCUGUGGAGAUGGGAGAACCUUCCAGAAGGACAACCAUCUCUGCAGCAUUCCACCAAUCAGGCCUUUAUGGUAGAGUAGCCAGACGGAAUCCACUCCUCAGUAAAAAGCACAUGAUAGCCCGCUUGGAUUUUAGCCCGCUUGGGGAUGUUUUUCAGCGGCAGGGACCGGGAGACUAAUGCUUAAUGAAAACCUGCUCCAGAGUGCUCAGGACCUCAGACUGGGGCGAAGGUUCACUUUCCAACAGGACAACAACCAAGAAAAUGCAGGAGUGUCUUCAGGACAAGUCUCGGAAUGUCCUUGAGUGGCCCAGCCAGAGCCCAGACUUGAACCCGAUCGAACAUCUCUGGAUAGACUGGAAAUUAGCUGUGCAGCAAAGCUCCCCAUCCAACCUGACAGAGCUUGAGAGAUCUGCAGAGAAGAAUGGGAGAAACUCCCCAAAUACAGAUGACACAGACGGACCUCCCCUCCCACCUAUCGCGGAGCGCCAGCUGGUCCAGUCUCUGGGCGUGGCAAUCUACCAGGCCCUGGACUGGGGUCUGGAUGACAGUGAGGAGCGGGAGCUGAGUCCUCAGCUGGAGCGGCUCAUUGAGCGCAUGGCAGGGGGAGAUCACAGCCUGGGGGCUGACUGUGGUGGUGGCAACGGAACUACAGAUGAGGGCUACAGUGGUCAGGAGGAGGAGGAAGAGGAAGGAGAAGAGGGGCCUAUGAGGCCAGUGCGUACAUUACGCCAAGUGAUGACACUUUGCGCUUCCAGACUGGCCAACCCUGCACUUGCCCCUGAGCACUACCAGGCCGUGUGCCGAGCCUUAUUUGUUGAGACUCUGGAGCUACAAACUUUCCUGACCAAAAUCCGAGAUACCAAGAAGAUGUUGAAGAAAAUCAAAACAGAGGAUCCUCAGGAAGAUAGAGCUGAGAUUGAUGCACUUAAACACACAGACUGGACUCGUCUCUGGGUCCAGUUGAUGAAGGAGCUGAGACAGGGGGUGAAGCUGAAGAAGGUGCAGGACCAGGAGUUUGACCCACUGCCCACUGAGUUCAGCCUCACACCCUUUGAGAUGCUCAUGCAGGACAUCCGCACCCGCAAGUUCCAGCUGCGGAAAGUCAUGGUGGAUGGUGACAUCCCUACGCGGGUGAAGAGAAAUGCUCAUGAGCUUAUUUUGGACUUCAUCAGGUCCCGCCCUCCACUCAAACCAGCGUCAGAGCGAAACCUGCCCCCUCCUCCUCAGGAGAAGCAGUCCCUCCAUGAACGUGUCCUGGCUGAAAUCAAACAAGAGCGCAAACUGAAACCUGUGGACCCACCCAGCUCCAAAAGAUCGUUUGGCUCCCUGCCUUGUCUGGCACACACUUGCCCAUGUGAUUUCAAAUCUACUUCCUGCAUUGACCUGUCAGGCUCAGAGCUAGGGUCCCGCCCCCCUUCUCGUCUUCGUGUUCUGCUCAAAGCCCCUACUCUUCAAGAGAUGGAGGAGAUGAACAUGUUGGAGGAUGAGGAGUCUCCAGACAGUGGGGAGCUCUGCCGUGCUGAGAGUUUUCCCACAUCUAUGAAACGGGACCGCUCCUUCUCAGAACACGACCUGGCUGAGCUCAGGGGGGAGACGCUCCCCUCACUGUCCGACUGCACCCAUCUGGAAGGGGCCGUGAUGCGGAGGGGUGAGAGACCAUGGUUACACGUGCUCUCAGGGGCUGGGCUACCCUCCACGCACAGAGCCUCUCUUCCUGUGCCAGGCUGGGUGCCACCCUCCCCUGCCCGUCUCUCUCUCAGCUCAGUGAAUGAGACCACAGAGGGAGCUGAGACCGGCUCCAGUUAUCGGAAUGGCAAUAAGCACCAGUGGAUGGAGGAAUUCAGUCACCCAGUGGAGAGUCUUGCCUUAACAGUGGAUGAGGUCAUCAAUGUGCGUCGUGUGCUGGUGAAAGCAGAGAUGGAGAAGUACUUGCAGAACAAGGAGCUGUAUUACAAUCUGAGGAGAGGCAAGGUGUGCUGUUGCUGCAGAAUUAAGUUCCCCCUCUUUUCCUGGCCAUCCACCUGCCUGCUCUGUAAAAGGUCUGUCUGUGGAUUCUGCAGUGCAAAGAUGAAGAUACCUUCCAAGAAGAUGGCCCACAUCCCAGUCUACACUGUGGGCUUUCACAGCAGCCCAAAGAGCCAUGGUCGCAAGAGUGAGGUCUACAAAUCUCUGUGUACUCUCUCCCGCCGGUCUGUGGAGGAGGAGUUCCCCCACCUGUACACCAGUGGCUGCAGCCUGCGGGAUGUUUGUGCGGACUGCACCAAGUUUGUGGCUGAUGUCAUCUCGUCCAGCCGCCGGAGCCUGGACAUCCUCAACAACACUCCCAAGAGGGAGAGUGCUACACCCAAACCACAACCCCAGCCUCACGCAUCACCACAGCCACCCACCUUGAAGAGAAAAGACAAGUGAAUAGAUUGACUGUUGGUUUACCCCACUUCCUUAGCAGGGUUGCCCCUGUGCUGCACUACUAACCCACUCAAAACACCCCACCAUUCCCCCAGCCUGCAAGUACCCCCUCCCCCUGCUGAAGUGCUUGUUAAGGGUUGUUUCUCUGCCUCCUCUGUAGAGAGGUUCAUAAGACGUGGCCUAGGGACAACAUAUAAGUCUGCCUUAUCACACAUAUAUUGACUUCACUCCCUGGUCUAAUGCACAAGCAGAGAGGAAAGAGGUGAGAGGGUAAUUGAUGAGGAUGAUCGGAAAGAGGAGCUCUAUUUACUGUAGGAGCCAAGAGUUUAAGGUAAAUAAGGGAAAUGUAGGGAAACUAUUUAGCUCCCUAGUUGCCUUGUUUUAGUUAUGAAUGUAAUAUACUCUUUUAACACCAAAAUAAUACAUCUUACAUUGACACACCUUCUCAGAACACUGGAUUUUUUCUGGAAUGUUAAAAUUACACUAUGGCAGGCUGAAUAGAAGAUAUAUUUAUUUCACUAUAAGUCUUUUUUUUAGUUUAGAAUGUGCUUGGAUUAUCUGUGGUCCAACUUGAUGAUGCAUGGUGGCACCGUCUGUCCGACUGUCUGAAUGUAAUCGGGUCCUAGAGGGGUGAAAAUGGUCCUGGAAGGGACCUGUCCCAUUGGCACCAAACUGGACUGGACUCCCAGCCUCCUAUCUCUGCUGCUUUAGAAUGACAUUAAGCCCCCUCUCUCACCCUCGAUGGUCCUGUGCGAUCUGCUCAAAUUUUCGAAACACCCAGUAAACCUCAACUGCAAUAAAUCUCAUGUAAAAAGGAA